AUGGCUGAAGAAAGGUACUAUGAUACGUCAGAUACUGCCAUCAUCAGAGACGUUGGUGGCAGUGAGAUUGAUCAAUUGCGUAACUACCAAGAUGGCUGUGACCAGCUGGAGAGGGCACUAGAAGAUGGUUGUCACACAAUAGUCAUUGAACUACAACCUCUGGGUGAUGAGACAGUUCGAUGGAUAUCAGUUGGAAACUUUCUGCACCAAACAGCCGUAUACGCUGGUCUAGGUGCCAUUGUCUCAGGUUUUGUGGGGCCAAACAAACCAGCCCUGUUCAUGCCCUUGGCUUGCACGUCCUUGCUGUGCACCGGGGUGUACACUAUCUCCUGGCAGUUGGACCCUUGUUGUCAGUACCAAGUGAGCGAAGACCCACACCUGUCAUGUAUUCUCACUGACCACUUCUUAUUCUCCGCCUCUUCCGUCAUACUUGUCAAGAAAGACAACUUCCGAAAGAAACUGCUACACAGAGCUGUCACACUUGCAUCUACAAUACUGGCCGGGUAUAAUAUCUACAUCAUUGGUUUAGACUGUGGCAACAGUAUUGCACAGUAUGUUCAGAAAUUUUGUAAUUUCAUGUUUUAAUAAACACAAGAAGUCUUUUGUUAAAAGAAUAGUGUAGUUAGUAUUUUUGUACGCAGGAGAUUAUUCCCAGAUAUUUCGAGGAAUUUAAAAAGUUAUAAAGAUUCUUUGCUAAAAUUCCAUUUUCUUGUAUGCUGUUUAUGAAUGUAACAUAUCUAUGGCUAAGUACAAUCCAUGUUAUGUUUUCAAUUGAUUACAGGCGAGGGUUUACUGUAAUCUUUAGCUUUGUUUCUAUAUAUUUAAUAAAAAUUGUAUCGUACAGUUGA